AAACACUGUCGAAUUUAUAAGAAAUAAUUUAAAAAAACAUGAAAACCUUCUGGAUUUUGAGUUUCAUCUGCAGCACCAUGUAUCCAGUCCAACCCGGGAGACGCUGGGUUGCUGCACAAUCCCUCACAGAGUCAGGAGUUUAUCAGCCUGAUAAAGAGCUCAGUGUGGAUAUCGGAGACUCGGCGACUCUGCAGUGUUGUAUUUCUGAAAAAGUAUUUGGGAUGAUCGCCUGGUUUAAGCAACCAAACAGAAAAAAGCCUCAGAUUAUAGUCAGGGUGUAUAAAAGUGCUGGAGAAAGAUUUUCCAAUGAAUCCCAAAAGUCACGUUUCCAAAUAGAAAGAUCUUCAAACUGCUUCAAUCUGAUCAUUUUAAACAUCAUUCAGUCUGAUGAAGCCAUGUACUACUGUGCACUGACGGACUCCAGCCUUGUGUUUGCAGAUGGAACUUAUUUAAAAAUUAAAGGUGAACAUGUUACUAUUGAAUCAGAAACAUCUAAACCAGCUCUGGGUGAUAAUUCAGUGGGCUGUGAACCAACACUGCAUGGAAACAGCACUAACAUGAACACACAAGAGAAAACAGUGCUCGGUUUGGGAACGGCUUUGGGUUUGUGUGGGCUUCUGAUUUUCUGUCUCAUUUAUUUCUUCCUGAGGAGAAGAAAAUGGGAUAAAAAAGUUUCUCCAGGAACAGGACAGGUACAUGUGCAGGAAUCUGUUGGUGACAGUUUGACUUAUGAAGCUUCACAGAUGUUGAAGAGAAAAGUUAAACCUGGAGGACGGGAUGAUUUGGUGUACUCUCAUGUGAUGUAUGUGGAACUGUAAUAUUUAUCAUAAAAGACCCAGAACACUUUAGUGUUGUUGUUGUUAUUGUUUUUGUAUAAAUGAAUAUUUGUAAAAUAAAUGUCACACAUCUGAGUGUAUAUUGUAUCUCUCAAUGUUCUCAUUGCU